GCAAUGGCAAGAACUAAGCAAACAGCCCGCAAAUCUACCGGAGGCAAGGCUCCGAGGAAGCAGCUUGCGACCAAGGCGGCGCGUAAAAGUGCACCUGCGACCGGUGGCGUGAAGAAGCCUCAUCGUUACAGGCCUGGUACCGUAGCUCUGAGAGAGAUCCGUCGUUACCAGAAGUCCACUGAGCUGCUGAUCCGUAAGCUCCCCUUCCAGCGUCUCGUCAGAGAAAUCGCUCAGGACUUCAAGACUGAUCUGCGCUUCCAGAGCUCUGCUGUCAUGGCUCUUCAGGAGGCUAGCGAGGCUUAUCUCGUUGGCCUGUUCGAGGACACUAACUUGUGCGCCAUCCACGCCAAGAGAGUCACCAUCAUGCCCAAGGACAUCCAGCUGGCUCGUCGUAUCCGUGGGGAGCGUGCUUAAAUGAUUUGAAGUCAACAUCCGGAAAUUCAAAGGCUCUUUUAAGAGCCACCUAAACAUGAAAAAGGCUGUUUUCCAAACUUAUUGGAUACAUGUGCAUAUGGUCUGGUCUUAUCGGAUAAAUAUGUGUAGCUUAUUAAUUGCAAAACAUAAUGCUAGCAUUAAUUAAUUAUCAAGUUAAUCACACAAUGAUGGUGAGUAUGUUUCGGAAUUCUGCCCAGUUAGACAGGCUGCCUUUGGUUAUGGUAAGAUGGUAAAUGAAACCAGCACAGCCGAAGAUUGCAUCAGGUCUACAUAUACGUAUACGUAUACGGUCUCUAGGUUUCAUAGCGUUCUGCUUGCAUAAAUUACC